UUUGAAUGAUCGACAUAUUGUGGGACUCCUCGUGCAGAUUGCCUGAUGAUUGCUGAUGCUUGGAUUUGAAGCAGUCAGAAGGUUGACAGCACUAUUCCCAUGACAUUUUAGAUAUUACAGCUCCACAUACAAAGUUUUCGACCGUGGGUACAGACUAGGUUCAGUUUGUUCAGUACGCAUUGAUUGAUUGAUUGAUUCAUGGAUCGAUGAAAGACUCGGUCGGCUCAAGUUGUCGAAAGGAUGGAUCCGGAUUCCGACAGCAGUAAUGGGAGAUUGUCCGCAUCUUUCAAACGCCUAUUGUGUUGCAUCAGCCCUGCAGGCGCUAGCGAUCAGGUGAUGGUGAGCAGAAGUACAAGCGCAAGCGCAAGCUCAAGCACAAGCGCAGUCCCAAGCAUCAGGGAGGUUCAGGACUGGGAGGAGGUCGAGGCAGAUGCACAGUUUCAUUUUAAUUGGCUGAGUCCUUUCGUGAAGAAUGAGAUUCUCGGUCGCUUGUCAGUGAUCAGUAUAGUCAGGAGCCGUCUGGUUUGCAAAACAUGGAAAGAGCUCCUCUGCUCUCGCGCCUUUGCUACGAAACAUUGGGCCAAGCAUAGACCUGAGGAAAAAUGGCUCACCUUCCUGGAUGUCUGCAAUUUCCAGGAAGUAUACUUUUACGACGCUGGACCCAAUGAGUGCUACAAGAUGCCCCAGGCUGCUGCUACGCUCGUCAGAUCACUUCCCGUCUCGUCCUCAGCUCAAAUGUGCUACGCCGACACGAGUGCCCUCGGCCUCAUGUUCGUGUGCGUCUUGUGCCCCCAGCCCUGUGGACCGCAAGUCGGAACGAUCUGGGUUCUUAACCCUCUCACCGGGGGCUGCUGCCAGCUCGCAGCAAGCUCUGAUGAAACUCCGACUUCCGUGAGAUCGAUGGUUGCGAAACUCGAUACAACGACCAAGCCCAGACCCAACUACAAAUUCCUGAUCAUGGGAACCACGUUGCCGACGAGUUUCGCUCCCAGCAGUAGCAGCGAGUCCAGGAGCACGACGAUGAUUUUAAGAGUUUUCUCCUCCAGAACUAAUGAAUGGCAGACACUCCCAGGCGUACAGGUUCCUCCAGAUUGUAUGCAUACGGGAGUUAAACGAUUUCACGACGACGAAGACGACUUGACUUACGUUCUGGAGCUUUACAACCCUGGCCAGGCCCCGGCAUAUGGAGGCACUCUCGGGAAUCUGAGAUGGCUAAACGUCGUACACUACGAAUGGGAGUCUUGCUCGUUACCACUUCUCACCGCGCAACAUGACUUCGUGGUCUACUCGAUACUUCUUUUUGAGAGAAACAAUUUCCUGAUUCUGGUAGCAAUCGGAACCAAUUUCUCCGGAGACUGCGUGAAGAUCCGCAUAUUCGAGAGUUCUUCAUCCGUCAGUCCCAGUGGUGCGUUCCAGUGGUGUUUUAGAAGUGAGAUGCCGGUCGACGCAAUGGAUGUGCUGAUAUAUUCUCAAGAGUCUGCCGACAAUCAGGCUGCUCAGCAAAGUGUCCACGGUGGUGGGCUUCUCCCUCAGUGGCCUCCGGUCUUAAUGCGGCUGAAAUACCUCCAGACUCUCCCUCUCGGUAAAAGAGUAUCUGGAGAUCAAAUUGUUUUCUUCAAUUUUGAGAUACAGCAGAUUGUGUCGUUCAGGCUAGACAGUCCGCCUUCGCAGGCAUGGACGACGCCCUCUGGUUUCGUGUUCGAUCCGACUCCUGCCAGUCCUAGUACUACUACUGCUGCUGGCAGCUCAUCCAGCUCUUCUAGAGCAAACUCUUUCAACAGACCGGCUUUGGCAUCCUCAGCAGCAGCAGCAGCAGCAGCAGCAGCAAGCGUUAAUUUGACCCUUCCUGGAAGACAGGGUCACAGUCAGAACACGUGGAUGGCAAAUCUCCAAAGUCAGACUGAAGCCAGUCAUAUGCUGCAUCGAGCGUUUGCAUUCGAACCUCGCAUCGAUGUCGACCCUAGGACCACUUUCGGACCUGAUAUGAGCGAAUAGUUUAUGUUUGUUUACCUUGAUCUUGUAGUUAUUCUUGAUAGUGAACGAUACGAUGCUGUAAAAGUAAGAAUUCAGAGGAGAUCAUCUACAACAAUGCUAGUUUAAGGGAGAGAGAUUUCAUAAUCAGUGUCGACGUAAAGUGGCGAUGUGCAUCUGGUGCUGUGUCAUAGAUAAUUGAACUUGGUUUUCCCAUCUAAGUUCCAGAAUGAAGUAGCAAGCAUGAGUACUAACCGGAGGAGAAGAAAUCCAUAAGUACUAUAUUGUUUAUAUUUGUCACACGUUGCCAUCAAAUGCGUGAAUUUGUUUGUAACACUUUCGGCCACAAUGUGGCAUUCCACUAGAUGUUGCGUUGAUUUUAUGAAUUUCGAGCUUGGAACCCCAGAAUUUAUAUUUAC